AUGCCGCGAGCCUUCCUUGUAAAGAAGGCGAGAUACUCUCCCGGUAAGCGGAACUGGAGCGAGCUGCCAGACCACGAGCGCGGGUACGUCUAUAUCCCAGUGUCUGCAUUCCCCUUAUUGGAGGAGACUGAAGCCAGCCCAGCAGAGACCGCUCUCUGUCUCUCCACGACGACACGCUACGAAUACACCAAACGCACAGAAUCACUCCUGCGUGACGUGCACAGCGUGAUGACCCCUAGAGCGGAGCUGCCCUCGUGCACGGUGCUGGGUCGACCCCAAAGCCCGGGUCAGGGGUUAAAGGUCAAGAGGAGGGCACAGAGCAGUCCCUACGUCCGCUCCAAAAUCAAGGUGACUACAGGUGAGCUACCCAGUGAGAUUCCAACACCUCCCCAGCCUUCCGUCCCCGAAAUCACCACCACACCUGUUGCCUUGACGACGUCCGCUACUGUCCCGGUCUCCACAGUAACGAGGUCAGGGACAGGUGCUCAGGCGACGUUCGUGUGCCAGAUGUGCCAGAAGGUGUUCCAGCACCAGAGGAUGUUGAACCGGCACCUGAAGUGUCACAGUGAUACUAAGAGACACUUGUGUAACCACUGUGGUAAAGGAUUCAACGACACCUUCGACCUGAAGAGACACGUCAGAACACACACAGGAGUGCGUCCCUACAAGUGUUCUCUCUGUGACAAGGCCUUCACCCAGCGCUGCUCUCUGGAGUCUCACAUGAAGAAGAUCCACGGUGUGACCCUGCAGUACGCCUAUAAGGAGAGACGCAACAAACUCUACGUCUGUGAGGAGUGUGGCCACACCGCCCCUUCCCAGGAUGCACUGCUCGAACACUACCACGCCCUCCACCCCAACUCCGCCUUCCUGAGGGCGAAGGGGGGGAGAGGGGCAGGGGGUGAGGGGGGUGAGGAGUCAAUGCCUGGGUCGCCACUUUCGAACAGUCAGUAUAGUGAUGAUACUACAGGAUCAGGGGGGCAGUAG